GUUAGCCGAGCCGCGAGUGCCGGGAGCCCCGAGGACCUAUAGCCGCCGGGACGCACAGGGUCGCCGUCGGGGAGCCCCAGAGCACGGCCAGCACUUCAUUCAGCAUGAUGGACUUGGAGCUGCCGCCACCGGGACUACAGUCCCAGCAGGAAAUGGAUUUGAUUGACAUACUUUGGAGGCAAGAUAUAGAUCUUGGAGUAAGUCGAGAAGUAUUUGACUUUAGUCAGCGACAGAAGGACUAUGAGCUGGAAAAGCAGAAAAAGCUUGAAAAGGAAAGACAAGAACAACUCCAAAAGGAGCAGGAGAAAGCCUUCUUCGCCCAGUUCCAACUAGAUGAAGAAACAGGUGAAUUUCUCCCAAUUCAGCCAGCUCAGCACAUCCAGACAGAAACCAGUGGACCUGCCAGUUACUCCCAGGUUACCCACAUUCCCAAACCAGAUGCUGUGUACUUCGAUGACUGCAUGCAACUUUUGGCAGAGACAUUCCCAUUUGUAGAUGAUAAUGAGGUUUCUUCAGUUACAUUUCAGUCACUUGUUCCGGAUAUUCCCAGCCACAUGGAAAGCCCAGUUUUCACUGCUCCUAGUCAGUCUCAAUCUGCCGAAAGUUCUCUUGAGCUGGCUGUGACUGAUUUAAACAUGCAGCAGGACAUGGAGCAAGUCUGGCAAGAGCUACUUUCCAUUCCAGAGUUACAGUGUCUUAAUAUUGAAAAUGACAAGUUGGUUGAGACGUCCACGAUUCCGAGCCCAGAAGCCACGCUGACAGAAAUCGACAGUUACCAUUUCUACUCAUCUAUCCCUUCACUGGAAAAAGAAAUGGGCAACUGCAGCCCACAUUUUCUUCAUGCAUUUGAGGAUUCUUUCAACAGCAUCCUCUCCACAGAUGAUCCCAGCCAGUUGACAAUGAACUCAUUAAAUUCAGAUGCCACAUUAAACACAGAUUUUGGUGACGAAUUUUAUUCUGCUUUCAUAGCAGAACCCAGUGUCAGUAACAGUACACCCUCCUCUGCUACUAUAAGUCAGUCUCUCUGUGAACUUCUGAGUGGGCCCAUUGAUUGCUCUGACCUAUCACUUUGUAAAGCUUUCAACCAAAAGCACCCUGAAAACAUAGCCGAAUUCAAUGAUUCUGAUUCAGGUAUUUCACUGAACACUAGUCCUAGCAUGCCCUCCCCAGACCACUCAGUGGAAUCUUCCAUCUAUGGAGACCCACCACCUGGAUUCAGUGAUUCUGAAAUGGAAGAGCUAGAUGGUGCCCCUGGAAGUGUCAAACAUAAUGGUCCUAAAACACAGCCAGUACAUUCUUCUGAGGACACGGUGCAACCUCUGUCACCAGCUCGAAGGCACAGUGCUCCCAUGCCUGAUGCCCCAUGUGAAAAUACACCAAAAAAGGAAAUGCCUGUAAGUCCUGGUCAUCGAAAAGCCCCAUUCACAAAAGACAAACAUGCGAGCCGCUUGGAAGCUCAUCUCACAAGAGAUGAGCUUAGGGCAAAAGCUCUCCAUAUCCCAUUCCCUGUAGAAAAAAUCAUUAAUCUCCCUGUUGAUGACUUCAAUGAAAUGAUGUCCAAAGAGCAAUUCAAUGAGGCUCAACUUGCAUUGAUCCGAGACAUACGGAGGAGGGGGAAGAAUAAAGUGGCUGCUCAGAAUUGCAGAAAAAGAAAACUGGAAAAUAUAGUAGAACUGGAGCAAGACUUAGGUCACUUGAAAGAUGAAAAAGAAAAAUUACUCAAAGAAAAGGGAGAAAAUGACAGAAGCCUCCACCUACUGAAAAAACAACUCAGCACCUUGUAUCUUGAGGUCUUCAGCAUGUUACGUGAUGAAGAUGGAAAUCCUUAUUCUCCUAGCGAAUACUCCCUACAGCAAACAAGAGAUGGGAACGUAUUCCUUGUUCCCAAAAGUAAGAAGCCAGAUGUUAAGAGAAACUAGAUUUUGGAAGAUAUGAUCUAUCCUGAGCGAGUUUUGUUUUGUUUUGUUUUUUGUACUGUUAUACUAAAACCUCCCACUGUGAUGUGAAAUGCAGAAAUAUACUUUAUAAGUAAUUCUAUGCAAAACUGUAGCCAAAAAUAGUAUAGAAAGAAAUAUGAAACUUUGCAAAGCAUUAAAAUGUCAAUAUUGAAUCAGUUUCAUUUUCACUAUGAAGUUAAUUUCUUAAGACAACAUUUGGGCUAGUUUCUGUAUAAGUGUAAAUACUAUAAAACUUAUUUAUACUGUUCUUAUCUCAUUUGUUACAUUCAUGGAUUUGUAUGACAUGACAUCUGGCUAAAAGCAAAUUGUUGCAAACUAACCACUAUAUAUUUUUAUAUCAAUACUGUAUGAACAAAACAUGAUGUUUUUAUAUUAAAUUGUUUAGCUCUGGGGGGAAAACAACUUAGGAGCUGGCACUAAUAAAGGAAUAUUAUGACUUAGA